GAAGAGUGAAUUUUAAAGGGGAGGGCUGAGAAAAACAUGAGAGAAGGAGGUAGAGUAGACACAGGCCGCCAGCUUACAUUCGAAAGGGAAGGAAGGAAGAGAGAAGGUCCUGCGGCUUGUGUGGAUAGGAGGGUGGAUGUUUGCAAUCUCAGAAAGCAGCAGGAACACUGUGAAUGGAGUGUCACUAUAAGGACACUUGUAAGAUGUCAUGGCGUCCGACGUACCGAAGCUCCAAGUUUCGAAAUGUCUAUGGAAAAGUAGCCAACCGGGAGCACUGCUUCGACGGUAUCCCCAUCACCAAGAACGUCCAUGACAACCACUUCUGUGCCGUCAACUCCAAGUUCCUGGCAGUCGUCACAGAGAGUGCCGGCGGAGGCUCUUUCAUUGUUAUACCUGUAUCCCAGUCUGGCCGCCUGGACUCUCAUCACCCGAAAGUGUGCGGCCACAAUGGCAACGUGCUGGAUAUCAAGUGGAACCCUUUCUGUGAAAACAUCAUAGCGUCCUGCUCCGAGGAUACUUCAGUGCGAGUAUGGGAGAUCCCAGAGGGCGGCCUGAGGCGCAACAUGAUGGAAGCAGUGCUGGAGCUGUACGGUCACAGCAGACGGGUGGGUCUGAUCGAGUGGCACCCCACCAGCAGCGGCAUCCUCUUCAGUGCAGGCUACGACUACAAGAUCCUUAUCUGGAACCUGGAGAUAGGCGAGCCGGUGAAAAUGAUCGACUGCCACACUGACGUCAUCCUCAGCAUGUCUUUCAAUACAGACGGCAGUCUGCUGGCCACCAGCUGCAAAGACAAGAAGCUGCGUGUCAUUGAGCCACGCUCCGGGAGAGUCCUUCAGCAAGCCAGCUGCAAGAACCACCGCGUAAACCGAGUUGUGUUCUUGGGCAAUAUGAAGCGGCUGCUAACCACAGGGGUUUCUCGCUGGAACACUCGGCAGAUCGCUCUCUGGGAUCAGGAGGAUUUGUCCAUGCCGAUAGUGGAGGAGGACAUAGACGGGCUCUCAGGACUGUUGUUUCCCUUCUAUGAUGCUGACACACACAUGUUGUAUCUGGCAGGCAAGGGGGACGGCAACAUCCGUUACUUUGAAAUCACCACAGAGAAGCCGUACAUCCAGUACCUAAUGGAGUUCCGAUCCCCUGCCCCACAGAAAGGACUAGGUGUGAUGCCAAAGCACGGGCUGGAUGUGGCAGCCUGCGAGGUGUACCGCUUCUACAAACUGGUCACCCUCAAGGGUUUGAUUGAGCCCAUUUCCAUGAUUGUGCCAAGAAGGUCAGACACGUACCAGGAGGACAUCUACCCCAUGACGGCAGGAACAGAACCGGCCCUGUCGGCCAGCGAGUGGCUGAGCGGAAUUGAUAGAGACCCAGUUUUGAUGUCCCUGAAGGAUGGUUACCACCGGCCAAACCAGGUGGUGUUCAAGGUCCCGGUAAAGGAAAAGAAGAGUGUGGUAGUGAAUGGGAUCGACCUGCUGGAGAACGUACCACCCAGGACAGAGAACGAGCUCCUGCGGAUGUUCUUCCGGCAGCAGGAUGAGCUGCGGCGGCUGAAGGAGGAACUGACCACCAAGGACGUCCGAAUACGCCAGCUGGAACUCGAGCUCAACAACCUGAAGAACGUUAGCCCCAACAACGCCUGACCUCUUAGACUCCUGGACUGGCAAAGCCUCGCUUCCUUUGCCCCCCAGUUCUGACCUCCAACAACCUUCUGAGCCCUUCGCCCUGCUUUUUUGAUAUAUUUCAUUAUAUCAUAACUUCAUUCUUCCUGCUGUUCCGCGUAGUGCACACAAUAACAUGGUAACCAUUGGAUAAUGUUAACUGAUCCAAAUACAAGUAAUGAAGGCAUGACAGAUCAGGGAUUGCCACUUAAGCAUUAAAUCACUGAUAUAGAAUGCAGAGAAUUUUGGUAUUUUCUGUUUUUAUAAAUGGAAAUGAUUGAUCUAGCAAACUGUUAAGUGUUAUUCCACGCCGCCUAGGUAUUCGUCUCAUUUUGCCUACCCUCUUGUCCAUGUGGCAAUGCCUUGAUCACCGUGCAACAACAAAAAAAAAAAAACAAAAAAAAAAAAAGUCCUGUACUGACCAAACCACCUCCGAAUUGUAAUUUUUAUGUUGAGGUUAAAACUGGAGAAGACUAUUACUGCUCCUAUUUUUCUUCCCCAAGGCCUUAGACCCUGCUGCGGACCCAGUUUGCAGCGAGCUGCAACAUUAUCUCAAAAUGGCGGACGAGGAGAGCUUUGCAGACAUGGACCAUGUUUUUCCCACCGGGCUGCUUAUCCCAUUACCUACAAACAGUGGCUAGAGAUUUACUUUGUCACACCGACACUUAGCUACUCCAGACAGUCUUUUCCCAAGGACAGCGCACAGUUCACUUUGUUCAGGUAUCUCUUUAUUUAAACAGCGGAGGAGACAUGGAUCCGAGGGAAGCUUUGCUGGCUGUUGCUGGUUUUUAGGGCUAAUUUUGAUGAUGGGGGUAAUGUAUAUUUGCUUUUAUUUAUUAUUUGUCACCGCUUACCUUUUUAGCUAAUAACAUGUAUAUUUCUUAAUCCCUUUGUUUUUGUAUGACACUCUGCGCAAGUAAUGAUUGUGAUGCUUGAUAGAUUUUGCUGAAUGUUUCUGGUGGAAAUGGUGCAAGACUUGUGUGAAACGGCACCUUAAAAAGGUAUCAUUUCUUCUUAGCUCUUUGUCUCCAACAACUUAACUUCAGAUAAGUUAUGAAGCUAUAUAAUUUCCUACUUUUAAAAGUGCAAACUGUAAUAAUAACCAACCAUUUGACAUUUAAACCAAGUAUAUUACUAUUACUGAGAAAUGUUUGUCUGUAGCCGUGUAAUUUUGUUUUCAAGACUUCAGGUGACGUGCCUCUCCUCCACCCCUACCGACAACACAUACAGGAGAAAUUUGCGCUGCCUCGGUUUUACCCUCAGACCUUGUUUUCGUUCAACUUUACAUUUGAGAGUAUCCGAAUUUAAUUGGCACUAUUUUAAGAGCCGAGCUCGAGAAAUUCCACUGCAUGCGUGACAAGGAUGGAAAUAGUAAGUUAACAGCGAGUUACGGACUGAAGGUCACAAGUCUUUCCUCAUAACAUCAUCGCAGGCACAUAAAGGGCCAAAGCUUCAUAGCUUUAGCUAGAGAAAAGAAAAGAUGAGCCCUUACAAUGAAGACUUGAACAAUGGUAAAUAUCUGUGUUAAAUAAAAGGCUACAGUGAAAGUAGACAGAUUGAUGAGCUGCAGUGACAGACAGGAGACAGGUCAAGUAACUGUUUGGUCAAGACAUUUUUCACCCAACAGUUACUGCUGCAGACUCUCAAAGUAAACCCCAACGUAGAUUUGCCUAGUAUGGUAGCAAUGUACUGUAGGCGUAUACAUACUACAAGUUCAGUAUUGUGAAAAAAAAAAAAAAAAAAAAAAAAAAGGCAUUCUGUAGAUUUUUUUUUCUUGAUUUUCCAUGUCGACGAUCAAAAAUGACAACUGUCAUCACUCCCUGGAAUUCUGUAUACACGUUUUUUUUUUUAAACUGUGUUGUACAAGGACCACAAACUUCAAACACAUAUAUAAAAGGGAUUUAUUGAAGUGAAUGGGAGGGGAAAAGAAAGAAAUCAGCUGAUGACAGUGGAUUUAACAUGUAGUGAAAAAUCACUGAGGUAGGCCAAUUUGACCAUUGCGUAUACUGGAGGAAAACAAAGUCCAAACAGCUGACUGUUUUCCAGAGUUUACAUUUUGCAACAAUAAAUUUUCGAUGCACAUA